UGUCGUUGAGCAGUAGUAUCUGACCCGCUGUUGAUGCCGAUGGGUGUGUGACAUUCUGAUACAGCAAAAACAUCACAAAAUAAAUUCUGCGAGACGUUAAAACACAUUUACUGCUGCCUCUCCGCGGGGAGAGGAGGAGGGGUGGAGGGUUUGCUGGACAGCCUCUGCGGCGGGGUCGAGCGUAGCGGGGACCAUGGCGCGGGACUACGAUUACCUCUUCAAGCUGCUCAUCAUCGGGGACAGCGGUGUGGGCAAAAGCAGUUUAUUGCUGAGAUUUGCUGAUAACACAUUUUCAGGUAGCUACAUCACCACGAUUGGUGUGGACUUCAAGAUCCGGACUUUGGAAAUAAACGGGGAGAAAGUGAAGCUGCAGAUUUGGGAUACAGCAGGACAAGAGAGAUUCCGUACGAUCACUUCCACGUACUACAGAGGCACGCAUGGCGUUAUAGUGGUGUAUGAUGUCACCAGCGCGGAGUCGUUUGUAAACGUCAAACGGUGGCUUCAUGAAAUCAAUCAAAACUGUGAUGACGUUUGUCGGAUAUUAGUGGGUAACAAGAACGAUGACCCCGGCUCUAAAGUGGUGGAGACCAACGAUGCGCAGAAGUUUGCGGAGCAGAUGGGAAUCCAACUGUUUGAGACCAGUGCCAAGGAGAACGUCAAUGUUGAGGAUAUGUUCAACGGCAUCACUGAGCUCGUACUGAAGGCCCGGAAAGAAUCGGUGGCCAAACAACAACAACAGCAGAGUGAAGUCGUCAAACUGAACAAGAGCAGCAAACGCAAGAAGAAAUGCUGCUAAUCCAAUGUACACACACACACACACACACACACACACACACACACACACACACACACUUAAAGAGAGCCAAAUGACAGAACGCCACUGAACUGACAAGAGCCAGAGAACUGAACACCCAUAAACUAACCCAUGAGAGCCGUAACCAUAGAGAUGUACUAAUGAUGAGCCCCACUGGACUUUGGGAGUCUUUAAAGGACACAAACAAACUCCAACGUUGUUGCAGGAACGCAUCCAACUUCCUCUUUCUCAGUUUUUCCCUUGAGGACACUUGGAAGAGAGCUGGCAUGAGAAUUUUUAAAUAUGGAAAAUGUGCAAAUGCGCUCUCUCCUUUGUUCACCCGUACAGUUCGCACAUGGCGCAUUGUGCAAGCGCGUUAACGUGGCGUGCCAACGGAUGCGGAUCUGGAUGACAGCGGAAGAGAAGCUAAAACUUGAACUUUUGCAGCCCGUGUUUUCAUGCACCUCUGCUGCUCUGCCAACUACCCAGAGACACUUGUUUUGCAUUUUGCUUUCUAUUUUUGUCUUUCGUUUUUUUGUAAAGUUGCAUUUUUUUUACUAACAAAUGAUACAAUCACAGAUCUGGUGCCAACGACUGAACGGUGUUGCAUUGACAGCUGGGAGGAAGUAUUCUCUACGGGUUUGGAACGACAUGAAGGUGAGCACUGUUGCUUUAAGGUGCUCCGUGCUGGAUUGAGCUUUCCUGGAUGUCUGUUUUAUAAAUCUUAAAUAUAAUGUGACUGUAUGAUGUUGUUUUCCACUCCUCAGAUCUUCUAAACACAAACGAAGCCCCUUCGAGGACAGGGAGGGGAUUUAUUUUAGGAAAUAGUUUUAUGUACUCUCGCAGUAGCUGUGUGUUCCUCACAAAACUUUGCAAUACCUUUACCCAAAAUCGAUUUGUCAGGGGACAGUCAAAGUUUGAGUUUACUCACCCACUCUCAUGCCGUCCCAGAUGUUCAUGACUUUAUUUUAUCUUUAGAAGAAUGUUUCAUCUCUGUUGGUCCUUACAAUGCAAGUGAAUGGUGACCAGAACUUUGAAGCUCCAAAAAGCACAUAAAUGCAGCAUAGAAGUAAUCCAAGCGACUCCGGUGGUUUAAUCCAUGUCUUCUGAUACGAUAGGUGUGGGUGAGAAACAGAUCAAUAGUUAAGUCAUAACUAUUUUUGCUAGACAUUGUUCUCCCUGGACAGUUGGGGACGAUAUACAUGAAGACCGUGAAUCACCAAAAACACAAGAAGAAGAAUGUGAAAGUGUAGAUGGACUGAUGCGUGGAAUUUAUGGUAAAGUACUUGAUCUGUUUCACACCCACACCUGUCAUACAACUUCAGAAGACAUGGAUUAAACCACUGGAGUCGCUUGGAUUACUUAUAUGCUACAUUUAUGUGCUUUUUGGAGCUUCAAAGUUCUGGUCACCAUUCACUAAAUCUUAACUUGUCUUGUGCAGAUGAAAGAAAGUCAAACACAUCUGGAAUGACAUGAGGGUAAGUAAAUGAUGAGAGAACUUUAAUUUUUGGGUGUACUGUCCCUUUAAAUAAGUGAUGGUUUACUUUAAGAAAUGUAGUUUACAUCUGAUUUGCUGUUGUUGAAUUGUAGUAUGUAUAUCAGCUGCUUUCUACAUACAGGUAUCGGCAUCUGCCAUUGAAAAACUAAUGUCAGCCGAUCAAUUAUUUGUAAUAAAACCAUGUUGACCACAGAAUUGACCAUGAUUUGACUACGACUAUAUAGUAAAAAUACAGGAAAACCAAAGCUGAUGUAGUAAAAUCAUGGUCAUGUUUAUAAGGAUGGGUAAAGGAACACACACGUAUUGUGAGGGAUGCAUUUCUGACAGGAAGAACAAAACACACCAGCAUCAUCACACCCACCAUUGUCCUAAUGUAUGCGUCCAUAUCAUCAUAUCAUUUAAAGUCUAUUUGAUGCACCUACACAUGAAAUAACACGCAUGACUGCGUAUGGACACUGACACGUGUUUCUGUUUGUGUAUGUGAAAUGAUCUGGUGUACACUGGAAAAUAUGAAUUAUUGUCACUCAUUCAUCGUCCCACCAUGAGUCUAAUGAUAAUAAACAUUUUAA